GGCGGCGCGGCGCGCGGGGCGAUGGCGGCCGAGUGCGGCCCGGCUGAGCAGUGGCGCACGGCGCUGCCGCAGCACGCGCUGUUCGGCCGCCUCCGCGAGCGCGCGCCCGCCGCCCCCCACCCGCCGCGGCUCCGCGACCUCCUGUGCGGGCUGGGCUCCGACCUGCUGCUCUGGGACGGGCCCGCCGCCGCCCUGCUCGCCAUCGGCCUGCGCCGCCUCGGCACCGGCACCGACCCCGCCGCGCUCGGCCGCUACCAGACUCUUCUGUGCAUAAACCCGCCCCUUUUCGACGUGCACCAGACGCUGCUGAGCCCUGCCCAGCACCAUGUGGCGCUCGUUGGUACCAAGGGGCUCAUGGUGCUGGAGCUGCCCAAACGCUGGGGCAAGAAUUCCGAGUUUGAAGGGGGGAAACCCACCGUGAACUGCAGCACCAUUCCUAUUGCGGAGCGGUUCUUCACCAGCUCAACAUCCCUGACCCUAAAGCAUGCAGCCUGGUACCCCUGUGACACCAUGGAGCCCCACAUUGUGCUCUUGACAUCAGACAACACCAUCAGGUUUUACAGUCUGAAGGUGCCUCACACACCCAUCAAAGUGAUUGUGCUUUCAGACACUGAGGAGGAGACUCUUACCAUCAAAACAGGGAGAGCCUACACAGCGUCCCUGGGCGAGACGGCCGUGGCCUUCGACUUCGGGCCGCAGGUGCCGGUGCCGAAGCACGUCCUGGGCCAGCGCGGCAGCGAGGAGGUGCUGGGCUACCCCCUGUACAUCCUCUAUGAGAAUGGAGAGACCUUCCUCACCUACGUCAGCCUGCUCCAGAGCACGGGCAGCCUGGGGAAGCUGCUGGGGCCCCUGCCCAUGCACCCGGCUGCCGAGGACAACUACGGCUACGACGCCUGCGCCGUGCUGUGCCUGCCCUGCAUCCCCAACAUCCUGGUCAUUGCCACCGAGUCAGGGAUGCUCUACCACUGUGUGGUGCUGGAUGGAGAGGAGGAUGAUGAGCAGUCAGAGAAGUCCUGGGACCCAAGAUCCGAUCUUAUUCCUUCCCUGUACGUGUUUGAAUGUGUUGAGCUGGAACUUGCACUGAAACUGGCAACAGGAGACGAGGAAGAUCCUCUGGAGUCUGACUUCUCUUGCCCAAUCAAGCUGCACAGAGAUCCCAAAUGUCCCUCUAGAUACCACUGCACACACGAAGCUGGUGUCCACAGUGUGGGCUUGACAUGGAUCAAUAAACUGCACAAAUUCCUUGGUUCAGAUGAGGAAGACAAAGACAGUUUACAAGAGCUGGGAGCAGAACAGAAGUGCUUUGUUGAACACAUUCUUUGUACAAAACCACUGCCAUGCAGGCAGCCUGCUCCAAUUAGAGGAUUUUGGAUCGUUUCUGAUGUCCUGGGGCCCACAAUGAUUUGCAUCACCAACAGCUAUGAGUGCAUUACAAGGCCUCUCUUGAGCACUGUCCAUCCUGCCUCCCCUCCCCUGCUGUGCACCAGAGAGGACAAGGAGCUGGCCAUGUCCCCGCUGCGCAUCGUGGCUGAGUCAGAGCAUUCCUUUGAGAAGCACAUCCAGGGCAUCCUGCAGCGCAGCUCUACCAACCCCCUGCACCUCAAAUCUGCAGAUAAAGAUGCUGCUCCUCCCCCUGAAGAAUGCCUUCAGCUUCUCAGCAGAGCUACCCAGGUGUUCAGAGAGGAAUAUAUACUGAAACAGGACCUGGCAAAAGAGGAGAUUCAGCAAAGAGUGAAGCUGCUGUGGGGACAGAAAAAGAAACAACUGGAGGAUCUGAAUUACUGUCGAGAGGAGAGGAAAAGCUUGCGAGAAAUGGCCGAGCGCUUGGCUGACAAGUAUGAGGAAGCCAAAGAGAAGCAAGAAGACAUCAUGAACAGGAUGAAGAAAGUCCUUCGGAGUUUCCACUCUCAGCUUCCUGUUCUAUCUGACACUGAAAAAGAUAUGAAGAAGGAACUGCAGACAAUCCAUGACCAGCUGCAGCACCUGAGCAAUGCUAUCAGACAGGUGAAAAUGAAAAAGGAAUACCAACAGAAACAGAUGGAGAAGGGGCGCAGCCCCCGCAAACCCAGCAUCAGCCUCAGUGCCUACCAGAGCAAGUGCAUCCAGGCUGUCCUGAAAGAGGAGGGAGAACACAUCCGGGAGAUGGUGAAACAGAUCAAUGACAUCAGGAGCCACGUGAACUUCUGACAUGCUCCAGGAGGGGACCCUGCACCAAGGGGCUGGAUGAGCUUUACCUGACCCUGGUAUUCCCCCUUGUAUAUUUACCAUUUGUAUGUUAAACAAUACACCUUUUACAUAUUAUUUUGUAAAGAAUUGUGAAAUAAAAUACUUUUGAUAUGACUCCUCA